AUGAAAACCUACAGGCAGAGGGAGAAACCAGGAAACAAGCCUCAAGAAAGUAUCAAGGCCCCGGAUGAAGCAAAGAUCAAGGCAUUAUUGGAAAGAACUGGAUAUAGUUUAGAUGUGACAACUGGACAAAGAAAAUAUGGAGGUCCUCCUCCUGAAUCUGUGGCCUCAUGUGCACAGCCCGGAAUUGGGACAGAGGUUUUUGUCGGCAAGAUACCUAGAGAUCUUUAUGAAGAUGAAUUGGUACCGCUUUUUGAAAAAGCAGGGUCUAUUUGGGAUCUUCGACUUAUGAUGGAUCCUUUGACUGGACAAAAUAGAGGCUAUGCCUUCAUCACAUUCUGCAAUAAAGAAGCAGCACAAGAAGCGGUUAAGCUGUGUGACAACUAUGAAAUACGCCCUGGCAAACACAUUGGAGUGUGCAUUUCUGUUGCAAAUAACAGACUUUUUGUUGGAUCAAUACCCAAAAAUAAGACAAAAGAAAAUAUUCUAGAGGAAUUUAGUAAAGUUACAGAGGGACUGGUGGAUGUGAUCCUGUAUCACCAACCGGAUGACAAGAAAAAGAACCGAGGGUUUUGUUUUUUGGAGUAUGAAGACCACAAGAGUGCAGCUCAAGCCAGACGCAGGUUGAUGAGCGGAAAGGUGAAGGUUUGGGGGAAUGCAGUCACUGUAGAGUGGGCAGAUCCAGUGGAGGAGCCAGAUCCUGAGAUUAUGGCAAAGGUCAAAGUACUUUUUGUGAGAAACCUGUCUUCUACAGUAACUGAGGAAAUCCUGGAGAAGAAUUUUUCAGUGUUUGGGAAGCUGGAGCGAGUUAAGAAGCUAAAGGAUUAUGCCUUUGUACACUUUGAGGAGAGAGACUCUGCAGUCAGGGCAAUGGAUGAAAUGAAUGGAACAGACUUGGAAGGAGAAGAAAUUGAAAUAGUAUUGGCAAAACCCCCAGACAAGAAGAGAAAAGAGCGGCAAGCAGCUCGACAAGCUUCUCGCGGUCCAUUGUAUGAUGAUUUUUACUAUUAUCCCCCUCCUCGUAUGCCUCCUCCAGGCAGAGGCAGGGGCCGUGGAGGCAGAGGUGGCUAUGCCUAUCCCCAAGAUUACUAUGGCUAUGAAGAUUACUAUGAUGAUUAUUAUGCAUUCGAUUACCAUGACUACCGCGGUGGAUAUGAUGACCCAUACUAUGGUUAUGAUGAUGCAUACCCUGUGCGAGGGAGAGGCGGAAGAGGUGGUAGAGGUGCACCUCCACCACCUAGAGGUAGAGCAGCUCCACCCCAACGUGGAGGGCGCUCAAAUUUUUUACAAAGGGGUUCUCCCAUGGGCCCUCCUAGAGGAUCCAGAGGUGGACGUGGUGGGCCUUCUCAACAAUCACAACGAGGUCGGAAUUUGCGUGGUAACCGUGGAAAUAGAGGUGGGAAUGUUGGUGGAAAAAGAAAGGCAGACGGGUACAGUCAGCCAGAUUCCAAGCGUCGCCAGACCAACAAUCAGCAGAAUUGGGGAAGCCAGCCCAUAGCCCAGCAGCCACUGCAGCAAGGUGGUGAUUAUAGUGGUAACUAUGGUUACAGUAAUGACAGCCAGGAGUUUUAUCAGGAUUCUUAUGGGCAGCAGUGGAAAUAG